AUGUCGGUCGGCACCAAGUCUCUGGUUUCCAGGAUUGUUUUACAACUAGACCAUUAUGAGCAGGAAUCUGACCCGCCCUCGGCAUCGGGCACAGAUGAUUCCCGCCAAACCUUUUUCCAGCACUCACGUAGAAGGAGAAACACCGACACCGCCUUGGAUGACGCUCUCAGACAUGCUGUUUAUGCAUAUUCGGCUCGCUGGCUUCCUUUGCGAAGUGCAUAUGAAAGAUCGAAUGCGAGCGACGGUGCCACAUCUUUACAGCAACAGCAAGAUGUGCGGAACCAGCUAUGGCGUCGGGCCCGUCAAUGCAUGUUCACCGCACUCCUACGUCCAAGCUAUCGAUCGGUUCUGGCACUAUUUUUGUUUAUGUUGACGGAAAUGCCUGUUGGUAGCGACGAUCACGGCUUCGGUCGACUCUGUCUUCAGGCACUCUUGAAUCAUAUUGUGUACCUGAGAUCGUCGAUACACCGUCCGGCACUACAGCCCCUGUCUCAAAGUACCACAGCUCUCCCCCUCACACAUGAAGCUGUUAACUCGUGCUCUCCGAGCUUGAAAAAGGAGUGCCACCAGACACAGCAAUAUAUGAGGAACACAAUAUACUGGAUCUGUGUCGUUAUUGACUCCAGCAUGACUCUCAUACAUCAGAUGCCUUCAGUCAUUCUCCCUGGUCGGUCCGGAGAUAGCGAGGUGUGGGACUUCAUUCGUCAACGGACUGUGAUAUUCGAUCAGUCAUUCCGACCUCUCCACGGAUCUGCACUGCCCCUUCCUGUCGACAUAACGGUUGUGGUUCUGCAACAUGCCUCGGCUUGUAAGACAAUGUAUCUGGGCAUAAUCAGCCAAUUUUGUGGUGCGGUGUUCCGUUACAACGCCAUACCCGUCGAAGAAGCAGCACAGCGAGUUUUAGUCGAGUCUCGUCGGUUUCAUGAUCUAUUCGAUCAGCUCUUGGCAAUUUGCACACGAGACUUCCUGACUCUCAGCCAAGCAAGUCAACUUAACUAUCUGCUGCUAUUAUCACAUUAUCAUCUGGGAUCACUGAUCCUUGCUGACGUCGUGGAUACAAUGGACAACGUUCCAGAACCGCUGACAGAUCCCAUACUAUCGCGUCUACACGCUUGUAACGCCAUUGUUAACGCCUUGAGCUUGGUAUUGAAUUCCGACAGAUACUCUGAAGAUGAGUCUCCCUACGGAAGUAGAAUACUACUCGACCCUACUCCGGAGUUGAUGGUUGAAACACUCUCACGGGCUGGGAAGGCCAUCUUCUUAUUACUCGAAAGCAACAAGAUUACUUCGACCACCGGACAAAUCAUGUUAUCAGUCAUUUUCAGUGCCUUGAACAUAAUAUCCCAGAUAUCAGUGACCGCAUCCUUUGUCCUCUCUUCAUUCCACUACCUCAAUUCUAAACAUGGACUCAAAAUCAGAGGCGAUGAUCAAUUCACGCCCAUGGAAGCCUGUGCCGAAAACAUUCCGAUCCUCUCUAUGUGCGAGUCGAAUUUCAUUGACGAGUUCUCGCAAGAGAUGCAGAUUCAAGCUAGUUUUGGGGCCUCGAAUUUGGACACUACGAUUAAGAAAUAUGAACAUCCGGAAUCGAACACCGCCGGAAGACCCGAAGAAGUCCGUCAUGUUGAUGUCCUUCUCGCGAGUUGCUCCACUACCUUUGGCGAGUUCAGUGUUCAACGACUCUUCAAUGAAGACCCCAAGGCCCCUGAGGACGUUGUGCCCGCCACGCCCGGAUCUGGAUCCGAUCUUGGGCCAACACUGUCCAUAAGUAGCUAA